UUCAAAAAGUAUACAUUCAUUUGGGAGGUUGGCCUAGGCCUAGGCUCCCCAAGUCAUUGUUUAGCAGGGUCAUUAGUCCCAUUUGAGCAAAAUAUGAUAACGAUGUUUUAUACAAGCAAUAUCAAUAUUUGCACGCUUUUGAAUUCCCUCCCCUUUCAAAUAGCAUCAUCCCAACCUGUCAAUGUUUGCUGCUUUCACUGGUGUUUAUACCACUGCUGUUAUUGAGUCUGAAAACAGACGCUACUGCCCCUCCUCUCCGCGCCUCAUCGACCACCUCCCAAACGGCGCGGGCAAGCGAGCGGGGUCGGGAUUCGAACCAGACCAGUGGUGCUGAUGAACAGCUCCUCGACAGAGAGGAGUCGACACUGGACAGUCGGUGACAGAAGAGGGAGUUUUAAAAACGGUUUGAAAGGAGAUGAUACCACCCCCAGAAUGACAGCGAUUCUCAGACAUUCUGGGAGUAACGUUAACGUUAAUCAUCACACCUCAUCACAUGAUUUCAGGCUACUGACCACUGAGCCGCCCCAACAGAGUGAGGAGCUGGGGGACCUGCAGUCUCUGUCCUGGCUAACCACCGUGGAUGUACCCAGGCUGCAGCAGAUGGCCACAGGCAGACUGGCCUUCAACAACGCAGGACCCCAGAGCAGCAUACUGGAACUACACACAGACCAGCAAAGCAACAUGAGUUCAGCACUAGGACAUAAUACCAUGGCCCCUCCACAUAGCAAUAUGCUAAACACUUAUAUUGGAAUGAACCACCUCAACAAUCAAAAUGGAAUUAUGGCAGGAUUGCCAGGAAUUGCUGUGCCUGCCUCAGAAUACCAGUCCUCCCCAGCCCACUACUUCCACUCCCCCCAGCAGGCCUACAGCCCAGCUCAGGCUGUGCAACAGCAUUCCCCCAGCAGCCUGUACAACAGCACCUCCUACCAUAACCCGAACCUGUAUGAUCAGCAAGCAGCAGUCACGAGCAUCACCAACCCCCACAGCAACCAGGAUCUGCUACAACAACCCAAGGCCUUCCCUAAACCUAUCUACUCCUACAGCUGCCUGAUUGCUAUGGCCUUGAAGAACAGCCGGACAGGCAGCCUUCCUGUCAGUGAGAUCUACGGCUUCAUGAAGGAGCACUUCCCUUACUUCAAGACGGCGCCUGAUGGCUGGAAGAACUCUGUGAGACACAACCUGUCUCUGAACAAGUGCUUUGAGAAGGAGGAGAACAAGCAGGGAGGCUCCUCCUCUACCUCUCGUAAGGGCUGUCUGUGGGCCCUCAACCCAGCCAAGAUCAACAAGAUGGAGGAGGAGAUGCAGAAGUGGAAACGCAAGGACCUGACUGCCAUCCGCCACAGCAUGGCCAACCCAGAUGAGCUGGAUUGGCUGAUCACAGACCGACCGGACGGCUGCCGGAGAAAGGCCUGUGAUCCCAGGAAGACAUGUGUCCUGUCCAUGCCCUGUGAUCCCCCGCUGUCUGGACAUCUGCAGUCCUCCCUCCCCUUCCACCUCCAGGCCCAGAAUCACACCCUCCUAGGAGAACCCAGCUCCCCUGUACACGCCCGGACCCCUCCCCUCCAUGCUGUCCCAGACUACUCCCACAGCCCCUUCCCCCAGCAGCAGCCCUACAGACACCCCUUUAGCCACAGCUUGUACAGCCUCCACCCAGACGUCACAGCCGAGGUGGACGCUCUGGACUCCAGUGUCAUGGAGUUUGCCGGGAGCCUAUGGGAGGAGAUGAGGGAGGAGGGCUUCAGCCUGGAGUCUCUGGGUACCUUUAACCACUCUGACUGUGAGCUGACUGGCCCCAGCACUGGACAGCCCCUGGUGGACCGACAGGUGUCCCCUCCCAGUACAUCACAACCACAGAGGCCAGGGGCCAGGCCAUCACCCAGCUCUGACUUUGACUGUGAAACACUGAUAUACAGUGUAUUAAACACUGAAAUACACCAGGACAGACUAUGGGAAGAUCAUUACUGUUGAAUCUGAAAGUCCUCGCACCAACUGUAUGAGAAUCCUGAACUUUUCUGCACCUGACAGGAUGUCUCGCCCCUUUUAUGUCUGUUUUUUUUGUGUGUUUUCUUUUCCUGAUUCCUGUUUAAACACCAAAGCGCGUAAGAAGCAGCCAAAAUCAACAAGCAUGGGCAUGUUUGAUUGCGUCUGUCAGCUUUUUGGAGUGAUGAGGAUGAAGCGUUUUUUGUGUGUGUGGAUCUUCGGCGGUAAAAUGCAAUGCCACUUUAUUUCUACAAGAGCCGGAGUCAAUGUUUGUUUCUGUGAAGAUAUGUAGACGUUGUCGGGGAAACUAAUCUGUCAUCUAGGCUAUUCCUUAUGGAGGAAAAGUCUUACUGAUUUACUAGCUUGUGCAAACAAUGCUUUUUAUUUUACCGGAUUUCACUGUGGUACUGUAGCUUGAUAGGUUAUGUUUGUAGUACUAUAGUACUACUAGGUAGGCAUUAUCUCUGCAUUUUCUGUGUAUUUAUUUUGGUUCAUUUGUAUUUAUUUACUAUGCUCUGAGUAAAUGCUCCAAAUGACUCUUGAUGUUAUGCAGGUGAAUGAGGACCCAAAAGCGACUUGGCGAAAACAGAGUCUUUAAUCCAGUAAAGUAAAAAUACAAUCAAAUAAAACAAUUUCCACUCGUAAUGACGAGAACCGA